GCCACCGUUUGGCAGCACACCACGCAGCGGCCGCGCGCAGGAGGCGGCGGCAUCGCAUCAACCUCGGGCGCUCUGCUGCCAGUUCGCUCUCGGCCCUCGUGCAGCCUGCCUGCCCCCUCCCCUGCCGCGCGCUUGCCUAGCUCGCCGCGGGCCGCAGCGCAGCGCGUCUCGGGUCGUCUUCGAGUACCUGCCGGGGAGCAGCGGCCGAGAAAUGCCCGGCGGCGCCUUCCUCCUCAACAGCGGCGGCGGCAUGGCGGACUACGGCGGCGGGCUCACCGUCCCCGUCGUGGUGACCUGCCUCAUGGCGGCCUCCGGCGGCCUCAUCUUCGGCUACGACAUUGGCAUCUCAGGAGGUGUGUCGGAGAUGGAGUCUUUCCUGGAGAAGUUCUUCCCGGGGCUGCUCAAGCGGACGGCGCACGCCAACAAGGACGUGUACUGCACCUACAACAACCAGGCGCUCACUGCUUUCACCUCGUCGCUCUACGCGUUCGGUAUGGUGGGGACGCUGCUGGCGAGCCGCGUCACCCGCCGGCUCGGGCGCCAGGUCAUCAUGCUCGUCGGCGGCAGCCUGUUCCUGGCCGGCGCCCUCGUCAACGCCGCCGCGGCGAACGUCGCCAUGCUCAUCGUCGGGAGGAUGCUGCUCGGCCUGGGCCUCGGGUUCUCGGGCCAGGCCACGCCGGUGUACCUCGCCGAGGUGGCGCCCCCACGCUGGCGCGGCGGGUUCAUCUCGGCCUUCCCCCUGUUCAUCAGCGUCGGGUACCUCGUCGCUAACCUGAUCAACUACGGCACGUCGCGGAUCCCGGGCUGGGGCUGGCGCCUGUCGCUCGGCCUCGCGGCCGUCCCGGCCGCCGUCAUGGUGGCGGGCGCCGCGUUCAUCCCGGACACCCCCAGCAGCCUCGUCCUGCGCGGGAGGCACGACGACGCCCGCGCCGCGCUGCAGCGGGUGCGCGGCAAGGGCGUGGACAUCGGCGCCGAGUUCGCCGACAUACUCGCCGCCGCGGAGCACGCCCGGCGGAACGAGGAGGGCGCGUUCCGGCGGAUCCUGCGGCGGGAGUACCGGCCGUACCUGGUGAUGGCCGUGGCGUUCCCGGUGUUCCUGAACCUCACCGGGGUGGCCGUGACCGCCUUCUUCUCUCCGAUCCUGUUCCGCACCGUCGGGUUCGAGAGCGACGCCGCGCUGAUGGGCGCCGUCAUCCUGGGCGUGAUGAACAUCGGCGGCAUCCUCGCGUCGGGCUUCGCCAUGGACCGCUACGGCCGGAAGCUGCUCUUCAUGAUCGGCGGCGCCCUCAUGUUCACGUGCCAGGUGACGAUGGCGAGCAUAAUCGGCUCGCACCUCGGCAACGGGAGCAAGAUGCCCAAGGGGUACGCGGUGGCGGUGCUGAUCGCGACGUUCGUCUUCUCGGCGAGCUUCAGUUGGUCGUGGGGCGCGCUGUACUGGACCAUCCCCGGCGAGAUCUACCCGGUGGAGGUGCGGUCGGCGGGGCAGGGCGCCGCCGUGGCGCUCAACCUGGGGCUCAACUUCCUGCAGGCGCAGCUCUUCCUGGCGAUGCUGUGCUGCUUCAAGUACGGCGCCUUCCUCUUCUACGCGUCGUGGCUGGUGGUGAUGACCGCCUUCGCCGUGGCGUUCGUGCCGGAGACCAAGGGCGUGCCGCUCGAGUCCAUGGGCCACGUCUUCGCGCGCCACUGGUACUGGGGCAGGUUCGUCAAGGAGCAGAAUAAGUUUGGGGACGAAUCCACCUAAUAGCUACUGUAAUAAUUCAGAAUCAGCGUGUGACUGGUGUAUAGUGCCGGUAGAUUAUUUAUAAGGUAAAUACAUAUCGUGUCAGUGUGUGCGUGCCUUUGUGGUGACUGAAUGACCUAAAAAGCUCAUCCAUGCAGUACAUUUCGAGAUUUGAAAUAUAAUACGUACGUAGCA